AGACAAGAAGAAAAUGAAGAUGGUGGGAAAAAAGUUCUUUUUGUAUAUAUUGUGUUUGAUGCUGGUUAUGAUUGUGUUUUGCAGACCUCUCACACCUCCAACAACAACAACAUCCAAUUCUCUGUUUUUCUUCUAAAUCCUCUGUUUUUAUCUCAUCCCACUAAAUCCUCUGUUUCUGUCUUCAUCCAUAGAGAAAAAAAUAUACUUUUUUUGAUCAAGUGAUGAUGUAGUUUUGAUCAAGUGAUGUAGUUUUUUUUUGUUUUUUUGGAGUUAAGGAAUCGUUGUUAGGUAUAAUGAAAGCAAAUAACAUGGAGAAGAAUUGUGGGUGUUGGUCAGCACUUGCUAAAGGGAUAACAGGAAAUUGCAAAUCCUCUGUUUCAAGAGAUUCCAUUAAUGCACUCCCUAGAACUAGUCUUGUUUAUGAUACAGCUACGGAGACACGAUAUCUAAAUGCAAGCAACCGGGAGCUGUUAGCGUCACAUGACACGAUGCUUUCCACUGAAAAUCCAGAUCUGCUAAAGAAAGAUAUCCGUCAAUUGCUACAAUUUAGUUUUCAGGAGCUCAAAUCGGCGACUGGAAAUUUUAGACCUGAUAGUAUACUAGGGGAAGGUGGAUUUGGGUAUGUUUUCAAGGGAUGGAUUGAGGAGAAUGGAACUGCCCCAGCAAAACCUGGCACAGGUCUCACGGUUGCUGUCAAAAGCCUUAAGCAAGAUGCUCUUCAAGGCCAUAGAGAAUGGGUGGCCGAGGUUGACUUUCUUGGACAGCUUCAUCAUCCUAACCUCGUCAAGCUUAUUGGAUACUGCAUUGAAGAUGAUCAGCGGCUACUUGUGUAUGAAUUCAUGACUCGGGGAAGUCUUGAAAACCAUCUAUUCAGAAGAUCUCUACCACUUCCAUGGUCAAGCAGAAUUAAGGUUGCACUUGGUGCAGCUAAAGGAUUAGCGUUUCUACAUGCAGGUUCUGAGCCUGUCAUUUAUAGAGAUUUCAAAACAUCAAACAUUUUACUUGAUUCGGAUUAUAACGCGAAGCUUUCAGAUUUUGGUUUGGCAAAGGCCGGUCCCCAAGGUGACAAAACACAUGUUUCUACUAGGGUCGUUGGCACUUAUGGUUAUGCUGCACCAGAGUAUGUAAUGACAGGCCAUCUGACAUCGAAGAGUGAUGUCUAUGGAUUUGGUGUUGUGUUACUCGAGAUGUUAACUGGUCGAAGAUCAAUGGACAAGAACCGACCUAGUGGAGAGCAAAACUUAGUUGCUUGGGCAAAGCCAUAUUUAGCUGACAAACGUAAACAUUACCAGUUAGUUGAUCCUCGAUUAGAACUCGAUUACUCCAUUAAAGGUGUAGCUAAGGUAGCUCAGAUAGCUUACUAUUGCCUCAGCAGAGACUCGAAAGUCCGCCCUUCAAUGGAUGAAGUUGUCAAGUGUCUCACUCCACUGCAAGACCUUAACGACCUCGCAAUCUUAUCUUAUCAUUCACGUUCAGCUCAACAUGCUCGGCGGAAAAAGAAAUCAGAUGGGAAUUGGCAGCUGAAUUAUACCCAAUCCAGAGUCGUCAGGCAGUCGCCAUUGACUACUGGUAAGCAGCAAUGACAGCUCAGUUGGGUGUCUUUUUGAAUAUUUCAUCUACAGAUAUAGCUGCUUCAUACUUGUAUCUAUUUCUCUUUGGUUAAUUGGUUCUAUAUACUGACCUAAAGCCAAACUUGUUGGAUAAAUUCUUGUUGUUAAGAACGAGUUUGUACUUUAUUUUCCCCGGUGAAUCAUGUACAAGACCAUUUGUGCACCAACCACUGUCUUUCUUCAGAGUAGCCCAAGUUGCAAUUUUAUUUGUGGGCAUGUCUAAAGGAGCCAAGUUUCAGGGGAAACAAAUUCAUGUGUAAUUGCAGAAAGCAAGAAAGAAACAACUUCAUGUGUAA